AUGGCUAGAACUUCACCGCUGAGCGCCACAGCUGAAGAACAGCUGAAAGGCGAGCGGAAUUACCCAUACUUGCAGAACACCUUCGGCGAUGAAGAGGAUGACGAUGAAGACUUUGAAGAGAGUGAGGAUGAGAGUGGGGAUGAGAGUGAAUAUGAGAGCGAUGAGAGCGAUGAGAGCGAUGAUGAAGAAACACAGUCGGAUAUUGAUUUCCUUGACGACAGCACCUCUUCCGAGGAGGAAAGUGAAACAGACCAUGUACAUAGUAACAAAGACCGUGCGAAGAAGCAGAAGCAGAAGCAGAAGCAGAAGCCGAAGCCGAAGCAAAAGUAA